CGAGAGACUCUGAGGCCCGCAGCUCAACACUAAAUUUGUAAUGAAAUGGAGUCUGGAUCAAGCUCUUUUCGAGUGGAAUUUCCAGAUUUUUCUAGCACCAUUUUGCAGAAGUUAAACCAGCAGCGCCAGCAAGGACAAUUAUGUGAUGUGUCCAUUGUAGUUCAGGGCCAUCUCUUCAGAGCCCAUAAAGCUGUUCUUGCAGCUAGUUCACCUUACUUCUGUGAUCAGGUUCUCCUAAAAAACAGCAGGCGAAUAGUCCUGCCUGAUGUGAUGAAUCCCAGAGUAUUUGAAAACAUUCUUCUGUCUACCUAUACAGGUCGGCUGGUAAUGCCUGCUCCAGAAAUUGUUAGUUAUUUAACAGCAGCAAGUUUCCUUCAGAUGUGGCAUGUAGUGGAUAAAUGCACUGAAGUGCUAGAGGGGAACCCAACAGUUCUGUGUCAGAAGAUGAACCAUGGCAGUGACCAUCAGUCCCCGAGCAGUAGUAGUUACAAUGGCCUUGUUGAAACCUUUGAACUUGGCUCUGGAGGACAGACGGAAUUCCACAAAGUGCAGGAACUAAGGGAUGGCGAAAAUGAAGAAGAGAGCUCUAAAGAUGAACUGUCAUGUCAACUGACAGAACAUGAGUACCUUCCCAGUAAUUCUUCAACAGAACAUGAUAGACUUAGCACUGGAAUGACAAGUCAGGAUGGUGAAGAAGGAACUAGUGAUAGUGCAGAGUAUCAGUAUACCAGACCUAUGUAUAGCAAACCCAGCAUCAUGUCUCAUAAGCGGUGGAUCCAUGUGAAACCAGAAAGAUUUGAACAAGACUGUGAAGGUGUUGAUAAUCCUUAUGAUGAACACCAAGUUUCUGAAUCCAUGAAUGCCAUUCAGGCAGAUCAUUCAAUCCAGUCUUCAGGUGUUGAAGACUUUCAUAUAGGUGACAAAAAGAUGGAAGCAGAAUUUGAUGAACAGGCAGAUGAAAGUAAUUAUGAUGAACAAGUUGACUUCUAUGGCUCUUCUAUGGAAGAAUUUUCUGGUGAAAGAGCAGAUGGAAAUUUAAGUGCUCAUAGACAGGAUCUUAUGAUAGCAGCAGGCUAUGGUGAAGGCAUUGAAAUGGCUACAGGAAUUAAAGAAGAAACAUCCCUCACUGGAUUCUCGCAUGCUGAUAAGCUGUAUCCUUGUCAGUGUGGUAAAAGUUUUACACACAAAAGUCAGAGAGAUCGGCAUAUGAGUAUGCACCUUGGUCUUCGACCUUAUGGCUGUGGUGUCUGUGGUAAGAAAUUCAAAAUGAAACACCAUCUUGUAGGCCAUAUGAAAAUUCAUACAGGCAUAAAACCAUAUGAGUGUAACAUCUGUGGGAAAAGAUUUAUGUGGCGGGACAGUUUUCAUCGGCAUGUGACCUCUUGUACCAAGUCAUAUCAAGCUUCUAAAGCUGAGCAGAGCACUACUGAGAUGAACUAAGACAUUAGUGCUUACAUUUAUUUAGUAGAGUAAGCAAAAUAAACUAAUUAUGCAAAUAAUGUCUGGUACUUGCUAUUGUAAAUUCUCAUAAAACCCCAAGUUUUAAUGAUUAUGCUGGUAUAAGCAGACCAAACUUUUAUUUUAUUUUCCACAGUAUUACUGCAGGUGUUCGAUGCAUGAAGUGCAAAUGGUUAAUCUGAAAGGUGCUUGUAAAAUGAGGUCUGUAAGGUCUUUGUGACAUUGAUUGUAAUCACAGCAGUAUUUAGAAGCUCUGUUGUUUUUCUAAGUCUUCUAAAUUAACAGUAAAACCCAGCUCUAAAUUGACCCAAAUCCUGCAAAUACUUACAUGAAGCGGGAGUUCAAGUAGCCCUGCUUAAUGAA